GUUUGGCGCAGACCCGGCUGUCACCGGCCACCUGCUGCAGCUGGCCCGCCAGCUUGGACUGGACGUGGUAGGGGUGAGCUUCCACGUUGGGAGCGGCGCCACAGACGCGCGCGCGUUUGCCGAUGCGGUUGCACGCGCGCGCGCUGUGUUUGACGAGGCAGCAGCCCUCGGCUUCAGCCCGCACCUGCUUGAUGUUGGGGGCGGUUUCCCGGGAGAUGAUCCCGCUGCGACGCCAGCGGCCGCAGUCCGGUUUGAGGACAUUGCGCGUGAGCUCCGCAGCGCCUUUGCAGAGCACUUCCCGCCCUCGGCGGUGCCUGGUCUCCGCAUUAUUGCUGAGCCGGGCUGGUACUAUGUUGCGUCCGCCAGCUCGCUGGCUGUCUGCAUCACUUCCAAGCGCCGCGUGGUGGAUGUGACGGCCACCACACCAACGGCAACGACGGGUGCGACGCCUACGACGCCUGCGAGCAACGCCACCCCCCACCCCGCCACUGAGCCGCCACCAAAGUUCAUGUACUACGUGAAUGACGGCGUGUACCAGUCGUUCAACUGUAUCAUCUUCGACCACGCGCGUGUGCAAGCGCAGGUGCUGUACACGGGCAACGGCGUGCCGGCCAUGGACGACGAGCACCUUGCCGCCGCUGUUUUGCACGAGAGCAGCGUGUGGGGCCCCACGUGCGACUCCAUCGACUGCGUGCAGGCGUCGACGAUGCUGCCGGAGCUGGAUGUGGGCGACUGGCUUGUCUUUGACAACAUGGGCGCGUACACCUCGUGCGCUGCCAGCACGUUCAACGGCUUUGCGCUCACCAAGCACGUGUACACCUUCAGCCAUGUCCUUGUUGACCUGCAACGCGUCCCCGCCGCGGACGGCAUCGCGCACGUGCCUGCGGCCUUGCCACUUGCCGCCGGAUUUGCUGUUGCGCCAUCCGCCGCCACCACGCCUGCGGUGACUGCCACCCUUGGCGCCGCCACCGCUGCCAUUGCGAGAGCACCCAAGCCAGUUGGCCAUGCCGUGCCCAUCCCCACACCUGUCAGCUAG